UGUUUACAAACAUGUAAUAUGAUAGAUUCGACACUUAAGAAAUGGCUAUAAGUUACAUUCCUCGUGUGACACAGUUGGACGCGGGCCAGUUAGAUGAGCAGCUGGAAGGGCUGCUCAAACAACAACUAUUUAAUGCUACAAAAUAUUUAGAGCCAGGUAUUCUGCAACCAGUACUACCAGAAUUAGAACUACUUCUCCGAACAUGGAUAUUCAAAUAUUCAGUCUAUGACAACAAAUGCACUUUUGGACAAAAAAUGCUUUCAUUGAAAUAUAACACUAAUAACUUCUCCAAGUCCAAACUUUACUGGUAUUACGGGUACACAAUUGGAUUAAAAUAUUUAAAAGAUAGAGCUAUAUACAGUUGGACUUCUAAUAGUAAAGUACAGAAUUUUGUGCACCAGUUAGAAACAUUUCAGUUGUUUGGGGACAUUUUAAAUUUUCUAAGGUUUAUAAGAAGUGGCAAAUAUCCAGUGCUCAUAGAUUUUAUUUUGGGUUUGGAGUUGACGGCUGAUAAGCUUACAAGAGAGGACUUGACUGAUUUUUCAUGGACAAGAGAACUUCUGUGGCAUAAUUUUAUUGAACUAAUAGGCACCAUCAUAUCUUUGAUGAACAUUUUUGGUCUCAGAAGACGACUCAGCAACAUAUUGAAGUAUGUGUGGUGGCGGCAGCAUGUGAACCCAGUGCUAAAGCCAGGGCCACCCCUUAUGACCCAUCUCACUGUAUGCGCCUGUUGCUCUACCAGACCUGUUUUACCUCAUACCAUGGGCUGCUCACAUAUCUUCUGCUAUUAUUGCCUAUCGACCAAUAAAAUGCUAGAUCCAGACUUCGCGUGUCCUAAGUGCUAUUACAAAGGAAAGGAGAUAAAUAGAUUUACAAUGGCAUAAAUAAGAAAUUAACAUUUUAUUCAUUUAUGAGGUGGAGGUAUCAAUAUGUAACAGCUGU